AUGAGUGGUAACGGAUACAACGCGCCAUACUACUCGGUGCCCAACAACGACAACUCGUACCCAUUACAGUAUCCACCCCCAAGACCAGGCCCUGUUCCAGUCCAACCGCGCUCGGCAAACCCCAAUGUUGCGAGCGUCCCUGGAUCCAACACGACACCUUCUGCGACGCCUAACCAUCAAACCCAAUUUUCUGUAUCCUCAGCUUCGAAUACGACUCACUACCGGUAUGACGAGGCGACAGUGAUAGGAAGUGGAGGAGCAACAGAUUCACCCAAGCCGUGGCCUGGCGCGCUCCAUCCCGAUGCUAGCGCUAACGUAUACGAGGAUCCGUAUGGCACAAGCAAGACAGAAGCCGCGCAUGACUUUACACCAAAUGUCCAAAAUGCGCAUGGACGAUACAAUGACCCAAAUCGAUGGUCAUUCGAUAGCGCUUAUGCGCGACCACCUGGCCUCAGACGGUUUACUGGUCCGUGGUUCAAAUGGCAUUGGAACCUGCAAGUCAGUCGACGGAGAAUGCCGAGGCUGCUGUACAUCAUGACCGGUGUGCUGCUCAUGGCUGGGUGGUUGGCCGUCACGCUGAGUUUUGCGAAUAACCUCAAAUCGAACGAGGCAAAGAACUCGGCCGGUUCAUCCAUCAAUUCUAAUGCACCACCGGCGCCUGGGGACAAGAAUGAAACCUUCAUAUUCCUGAGUGGCCAACUCAAUCGUUUUGAUACCAGCUUGCGCUCAAUCAAUAUCGACUGGUCAAUGUUCGGCGCCGAAGGUCCACUCGUAUAUGACGACCUUCGAUCUACAGAGAUUCCAAUCGACAGCUGGGGUCGUCAAGUAUUCGCCCUCUUCCGUGACACAGUUGCUCGUGCAGAUCGUGGUACCAACAUAACAGAUUUUCAACCUUUCCGUGUCAUCAAUCCGAACAUUAAGCCCGUCGGGUUUCUUGGUAUGACGGAAUUCGACACGAUCAAUACGGAUGUCGGGCUGGGCCAGAAGAGCAGCAGUCCGUGGAUGAUCCCAGAGUUUGGGUACCCAUUCGAUGUCUUCCAGGGCACAAUUACUUGGGUGGUCGCGAGCAAUGCCACAAUCACCUCUACAGGAAGACCGGGCUCCGGCGUAUUUGGAAUGAGGGGCGCAAUCUUGACGGAUAGUCUACUGAACAUCAAGGUCCGGUCAAACGUGACGGCGACUUGCUACAUUCCGACAGACCCUGGGUGUGAGCUCAUCAUUCAGAUAUGGGUUGAGCGGACAGGACUCGUCAAGUUUUGCGUCUUUGCCGUCUUCCUCGUCAAUUGGAUCGUUACGAUUGCUAUCUUCCUCGUGACUGGAGAGGCUCUCCUUCUGAACCGGACGAAUAUUCUCAGUGGCACAGAUAUCCUAGCGAUAUGUUUCUCUGCCCUGUUUGCUUUGCCCAGUGUCCGCUCCUUGUUGCCCGGAGUACCUGGAUACGGCUGCUUGCUCGACAUGGUUGGUAUUCUGCCAAAUGUCAUCAUUGUCGCUCUUUGCACUACCUUCUUCGCCAACUCGCGACUACGCAUGCGCGCACAUCAACAGCGAGAACGCGAGCGAGAGGGCAAGAGCGAGUAG